GAUCAGACGAGAACAAAAACACGUCUGCGUGCGCAAUGUGUCCAAUCCUCCACGUUACUGCUGAAAACUGCAUGGAGACCCCUAAAUGGCUGCUUGAAUAUAACUAUAUAUUUCGACGCAUUUCUUAACUCCCAACACGCUGGAUGUUUUUCUGCGUUUGGACGCAUGGAGCUGAUUAAUGAGUGGUUAUGGAGGCAGGAGUACUGGCUUCCCCCUGGAAUAACCUGGAAGGAUUUGGAACAGAUGGAGGGUUCUCCGUUCCCCCGGGACCUGCUCAUCUCACUGCCCCUGGCACUGGGCUUCAUAGGAUUAAGAAAGGUUUUCGAGAGGUUCAUAGCUUUUCCCCUGAGCAGACUGUUAGGGGUGAAAGACAAGAUGCGCUUAUCAGCUUCACCUGCCCCAAGCCUGGAGGCCUUUUACAACAAACACAGCAGACAACCUGCACAGAAUGAACUCAGCAAUCUGAUGAAGCAGAGCAGCCUAACCCAAAAACAAAUAGAGAUCUGGUUCCGUCAUCGUCGAAAUCAGGACAGACCCAGUAACACCAAGAAGUUCUGUGAAGCAAGUUGGAGGUUUGUCUUCUACUUAAUAUCGUUCAUUGGUGGACUUGCAUCGCUUAUCAAAACACCUUGGUUUUGGGAGCAGAAGGAGUGCUGGAGGGGAUAUCCCCAACAGCCUGUGGAAAGCGUUCAUUACUGGUAUUACAUGCUGGAACUAGGCUUCUACUGGUCCCUGCUGCUCUGUGUCUCUGUAGACGUCAAGAGAAAAGAUUUCAAAGAACAGAUUGUACACCACAUCGCUACCAUCUUCCUGCUUGGAUUCUCCUACUGUGCUAACUACAUCCGUGUUGGCACUCUGGUCAUGCUUGUCCAUGACUCCUCUGACUUCCUGCUAGAGUCGGCAAAAAUGUUCAAUUAUGCAUCCUGGAAAAAAACUUGUGACUCGCUAUUUGUGGUGUUUUCUGUGGUGUUCCUGGUCACACGCCUGGUCGUGUUUCCAAGCAAGAUUAUAUACACUACUCUGAUCUCGUCGAUGGAGAUCUUCCAGCCGUUUGUGGGGUAUUAUUUCUUUAACACUCUGCUGCUAGUGCUGCAGUUCCUGCACAUCUUCUGGGCCUGGCUCAUACUGCGCAUGAUCUACAAGUUCCUCUUUCUGGGCAAGUUGGAUAAAGAUGAACGCAGUGAUGAUGAAAGUGAGGCAGAAGAGGAAGAAGAUGAAGAUGAAGGAGAGGAUCAAGCCUCAUGGAGGAAGAGGAAAGUGGUCCUCGAUUCCAAACUGGCUAUGAUGACUUCGAGUUGUGUUUUAAACAAUUUGGCUAAUCAAAGAGUCAGUGCAAGCAGCAGAACCCCCAAAGCGAGAUAGUGACUUUUAGCUAGAGCAAGAGAGAAAGCACUGAGGUUAUUCUUACUGUUGUGUUCACUAUUACUUUUAGGAUGUAAAAUUUUGGAUCUUGUAGCCAUAAAACAUUGCUACUGACUGCCAUGUUCUGCAUAUCCUAGACUGUCAUAGCAGUUCAUAACAUCUCUGGCUCUAAUGAUAGUCUCACACAGUACAAACUACUGUAUGCGCUGGUCCUUCAUACUAUUGGAGUUUUACUGCGCUCAAUGUUUCUAUGCUUUCCUGCUUUGAAAAGACUGAUAUUUAAGUGGCAGCUAAACUGAAAUGAAAACUGUUUUUGGAAAAGCACCGAAAUGUCCAGUACAGAGGGAAAUAAUGGAGCAGAAUUAUGAAACACUGUACUAACUGAUCAAUAUAAAAUAUGCACAAAUACAUAUGCUUUCCUAACAAAACAUUACACUGUAUAAGCCUUUAUGAAAACCCUCUAUGUUAUUUGUACAUAUGCCUUUUCUCUGUUUUUAAUUUGUAUUGUAUUAUUAAAUGAGUUGAACAAU